GGGCCUGGAUUUGUACGAUCGAUCGAUCACCGAUUAGCAUUAGCCCGGACCACCGCAGCCGCAGGUCGCCCACGUUGCCCUUCUCCUCCCCACUCGCUGCACGUCUGCACCAACCGAGACGAGAGGGGAAUGGCGAUGGCGGCGGCGGCGAGGAGAGCCCUCCUGAACCACCUCCGCGUGCCGGUGGCGCGCCCCGCGGUCGCAGCGGCGAGCGUCCCCGUCGCCAGGCUCCUGUCUUCCACCACGGAGGCGGAGAAGGGGUCCUUCCUCGACAAGGCCGAGGUCGCCGACCGCGUCGUCUCCGUCAUCAAGAACUUCCAGAAGAUCGAGCCCUCUAAGGUGACGCCUAAUGCACAUUUCCAGAAGGACCUCGGGCUGGACAGCCUGGACACGGUCGAGAUCGUCAUGGCCUUUGAGGAAGAGUUCAGCUUCGAAAUCCCCGACACUGAGGCAGAGAAGAUCGAUUCCAUCAAAUCAGCAGUUGACUUCAUCGCAUCGCAUCCUAAAGCAAAGUAAGAUUUGCUUGCAGGGGGUUUCUUGGUUCCUCGUUUGACUUAUGCAUCGUCUCGAGGAUGAAUGCUCCCGGAAAAGGACCUGUUUUUCCUGUAUUUGCCCAGUAGGUGAGGAUGUUCUUAGUUUGCUCCGUUGAUUUUUGGCAAGUCCUUGUUCUCUCCCCCCAUCUGCUGCAAUAAAUAACGGUACACCAUUUGGCUGUGGAUCUGUGAUUCUAUUUGCUGGCGGUAACAACACGAAGGAGUUGUGAUGCUGGA